UUUUAUUGGCGUACCUGUCUACAAAUUCCAUACUCCUGAAAUCCGCUAUGCAGUUUCGUAUACAGCCAUAAUUGGCGCAAUUAUAGGGCGAAUUUUUUUAUGUUCACGUUCUUUCCCACCUGUUAGCGCCCUCUCGAUAGUGUAAUAAUGCGAAAUAGCGAAAUGGCUUCAAAGAUGUUUUCGGGCUUCUGAGUAACUUAUGGAAAUAUUCCUACAGUUCAAGUGAAACAUUAAUUGCAUCACGUUAUUACAAUUUGAGGAGGUAACCUGGCGAAGUGAUCGAGAUGUCGUACCUUCCAGCUUUGUUUAAGUAUUUGGACGAACACCAGGAGACCUACGUUGAGCGUUUGGCGCAAUGGGUCGCUGUGCAGAGUGUCUCGGCCUGGCCGGAGAAGAGAGGGGAGAUCAAGAAGAUGAUGGAAAUGGCCGCCAAGGACAUCGAGAAACUGGGAGGGACGGUGGAGCUAGUGGACAUCGGCAAACAAAAGCUUCCAAGUGGAGAAGAAAUCCCACUGCCGCCGAUUGUCCUGGGACAACUCGGUUCGGACCCGAGAAAAAAAACCGUGUGCAUCUACGGGCACCUGGACGUACAGCCAGCCGCCGUCGAGGAUGGUUGGGAUUCCGAGCCCUUCACCCUGGUGGAGAAGGACGGGAAGAUGUACGGACGAGGCUCCACUGAUGACAAGGGUCCGGUGCUCGCCUGGUUCAACUGCAUCGAGGCUUUUCAGAAGAUAAACCAGGAACUGCCAAUCAACAUUAAGUUCUGCUUCGAGGGAAUGGAGGAGUCUGGCUCGGAGGGGCUGGAUGACCUGGUGUUUGCCAGGAAAGACUCCUUCUUCAAGGGCGUGGAUUAUGUCUGCAUUUCGGACAACUAUUGGCUGGGAAAGACCAAACCCUGCAUCACAUACGGCCUCAGAGGCAUCUGCUACUUCUUCAUUGAGAUGGAGUGCUCCGAGAAAGACCUCCACUCCGGCGUGUUCGGGGGCUCGGUGCAUGAAGCAAUGACUGACCUCAUUGCGCUGAUGGGGUCGCUGGUGGAUAAAAAAGGCAGAAUCCAGGUCCCGGGGAUGUACGAUGCCGUGGCCCCCGUGACUGAGGAAGAGCUGAAGCUCUAUGAGAAGAUCGACUUCGACAUGGAGGAGUACUGCAGGGACGUGGGGGCCAGCAAACUGCUCCACCCCAGCAAGGAACAAAUCCUGAUGCACCGUUGGAGGUACCCGUCUCUUUCUCUCCAUGGCAUCGAGGGGGCCUUCUCAGAAGGGGGGGCCAAAACAGUCAUCCCCCGCAAAGUUAUCGGCAAGUUCUCCAUCCGCCUGGUGCCGGACAUGGACCCCAAGGUCGUGGAGAAGUUGGUGAUAAGCCACCUGCAGGGUAAAUUUUCUGAGCGGGAGAGCCCCAAUAAGCUGAAGGUCUACAUGGGCCAUGGGGCGAAGGCUUGGGUGUCCGACUUCAACCACCCCCAUUACAUGGCUGGGAGAAAGGCCAUGAAGACAGUGUUCGGAGUGGAGCCGGACCUGACCCGGGAGGGAGGGAGCAUCCCAGUCACCCUGACCUUCCAGGAGGCCACUGGCCGCAACGUCAUGCUGCUGCCCUUGGGUUCCUGUGACGACGGCGCGCACUCGCAGAACGAGAAGCUGAACAGGUCUAACUACAUCCUGGGAACAAAGAUGCUGGGGGCUUACUUCCAUGAAGUUUCUCAGCUAGAGUAAAGCCAUCGUGCAUGGAUGGACUCCUAUGCACACCUGAGGAGAUGGCGUCAAAGUGUAGCUGACUGCUUUUUGAUGCAUAUUAAAUUCAACAGACCUCUGUUCUCAUUCCUCUGAGUUUUUAGACCAAGUUCUGUGAAAUCAUCUAGUCAUGUCUGAAAAAUUGUGUGUCCUGUCUUUGAUGUAGGAAUACUGCCAUAUACAGAGCAGGUACAAACUGAUCAGGAGUUUCCCAGUCUUCUUCCAGGCAGUCCAUGUUGAAUGUCCAUUCUCAUUCUUUUUCAAUGUUGAGCCAGAUGCAAAGGGAUUCAAACUACAAAUAUUGAUUAAAAAGGAAAUUGUAACACCA